AAGUGCGAGUGAGAUUGAGGCUAUUUAGUGGCAACCAAAAAAACAAUAUUUAAAGAAACUAAAAACUCUCUUCUCCUAAAGUAUAACGAUUUUAUCUUCUUCCCUGCGAUGGGGCAACAAAAGAAACUAAAAACUCUAACCCAAAUCCUCAAAGACAAAGCCUCUGUCCUAGCAGCAUCACUAUCCAUCAAACGCCACGUGUCCUCCCUUCAAAUCAACGUCCUCCGUGCCACUACACACACCCUCUCAUCUCCACCGUCCGAUUCUAAAAUCACCGCCGUCCUUUCAACAAACCAAACCCGCGCCUGCAUCAACUCCCUCAUGGACCGCCUCCACAAAACAAAAAGCGCCACCGUCGCAAUGAAAUGUCUCUUCACACUUCACAACAUCGUUUUCAAAGGACCUUUCACUCUCAAAGACCAGUUAUCUUCUUACCCUUCUUACGGUGGUCACAAUUUUCUCAAUCUUUCCAAUUUCAAAGAUCACUCGGAUUUUGAAUCGACUCAACUCAGUUCUUGGGUUCGUUGGUAUGCUACUGUUCUUGAACAGAUUUUAACUGUUUCAAGAAUCUUAGGUUAUUACCUUCAUUCUAAUUCGACCAAAAAAGAUUCUUUGAUUUUGGGUUUUUCCAACGCUGAUUUAUUGUAUAAAAUCGAAGCUUUGGUUGUUUUUGUCGAACAAAUUAGUUUUGUUCCUGAAUCGUUGCAUCUUCAGAAGAAUGAAUUGGUUUAUGAAGUUGUGAGAAUGGUUGGAGAAGACUAUAGAAACGUGCAAAGUGAGAUUUUGUUAAGAUUGGAAGAACUUGGGCAGAGAAUGGAGACAGAGGAUAAGUUUUUGGAUGUGGGUGAGUUGAACGAGUUACUGAGUUAUUUGAGAAGAUUGGAAGAGAGUAAAGAAAAACUGGUGCUUUUGUUUGUGAAUAGGAGAAAGAAUAAUGGGUUUUGGGAAUUGAUUAAAGAGAUAAAGAUGAAAGGGUUGAAGAAGAAGGAAGAGAUUGAAAGAAAGUGGAUUACGGUGGUGGUGAAUAGUAACGCGGUUGAGUUGACUCGGUCUACGAACCCGUUUCUUGAACCGGGUCAAUGUUGUCCGAUUCUGCCUUUGAGUUUUGCAACGGUAAGAUGACAUAUGGAAACGGUCAUUUUACUCUUUUUUCUAACAAAAUCAUUAAAAGCUGUUUUUUUUCUUUUAUUUUUUUCUUAAUCUUUUGAUACUUUUUUUUUUGGGGAUUCUGCACCUUACACUUGGAGGUUUGAUGCUGAAAUUUUUUGUUGGAUUUUUGCGAGUGGGGUUCUGUGUCUGUUGCUGUGUGAAUAAUUAAAGUGGAAACCCAGGUCGAUAAUAUUAUCAAUCAUGUACAUCAAAAUAAUAAAAAGAUUUGUGACACGAAAUCAAAGGGAAAGAAGACAAUUAUGAGAGCUUUGACUUUUGAGGAAUACUUUUCUUAUGUUUCUUUUGUUCUAUUGUACACUUUUGAAUACUUUUCUUAUUGAAUAGUAUGAUGAUGAUGAUGCCUCAACUUUUAUUUUCUCUUUUA